AUGCAAAGAAAGCAUAGCGACUAUGAUGAAGAAGAUGCCUAUGAAUUAGAGAGGUCCAUAUCCAUGGCCAAUGUUACCAUUGAAAAUCAAUAUGCUAGACAAAUGGAAGAAGUUGAACGAGGCCAUUACUCUCCGACGUUUGUCUUUAAGCCUCAUCAUCAUUACCAAAAACAUCACUUUCCAACCACUCCCAUUCAAACUACAUCACCACUUUCAACAACCGAAAAACCACUCUCAUCCUUCCUAAAAUCAGCCUUUGAUUUGGCCCAAAUGGUCGCCGGAAUUUAUAUUUCAUUCAUGAUCAUGUCUUCGUAUCAAGAACAAAUUACACGAACACCCUACGGAGGAGAUAAUGAUUCUUCCUCUUCUACUGAAACAUCAACAACAACGAAUCAUCAUCAUCAUCAUUCGUCUCAUGAUUCCUCAUCAUCCACAUCCUCUGAAUUUUUCAAUUUUCCUCUUUUUCUAGUGUUCUUGCAAUGUGCUUUGAACGCUCUUGUGGUAUUUCUCAAAUUAAGAUGGCAUCCCAGUGAGCAUGGAAGGCGUUCCAAUGUUCCUCAACUAUAUUUCAUUGCUGCUUCUUUUGCAUAUGUGGUAGCAACAAGUUCGAGUAAUACUGCAUUACUCUAUGUGAAUUAUCCAACGCAAGUACUGGCAAAAAGUUGUAAGAUGAUUCCUGUCAUGUUGAUGGGCAUGUUAGUGGCUCGAAAAAAGUAUGAAUUUUCGCGGAUUGUUGCUGUUAUCAUGACGACGAUUGGAAUUUCAGUAUUUAUGAUUGAUCGAUUCGGACAUAAACAUUCACACGAUGGACCACAUGACAAUAAUAUUUGGGGAUUGAUUUUGCUGGUUAUUUCACUUGCUGCAGACGGCUCCACUAACUCAAUUCAAGAUUUAAUGAAAAGUUUUAGAGACAAGCCCACUGGAGAUGAGCUUAUGCUCUAUAUGAAUAGUUAUGCAACUAUUUUUGUGGCCAUCUCAAUGUUUUAUUAUGAUCAAUUUUUUCCAGCUGUUUCUUUUUGCAUUAGACAUACAGUCAUAAUUUAUCAUAUCAUUCUUUUUUGUGUUGCAAUGACGGUGGGACAAUUCUUUAUUUUUUGGUGUAUUGCAGUGUUUGGAACUUUGGAAUUAUCUAUCAUUACUACAACACGCAAAUUUUUUACAAUUUUGUGGAGCGUUUUCAGGUUUGGGCACGAAAUGAGCUUUAUUCAAUGGCUUGGAGUACUGAUUGUUUUUACAGGACUGAUGUAUGACAUUGUCAUUUCUGCACGAAAAGGGCACAAGAAAUCUAAUCAGAUUAAAGAGAAUUAA